UUAAAUGCCACUUUUUUCUUUCGUUUAAUUCAGUCCAAACUGUAGACUGCAGCUAUUUCAGUACUAUGGACAGCGACAUAAUAGCUGCCUUCAUUUUCCCACUCAUUGCCCGGAAAGUCCUCUCUCUUGUUUCCGCAUUACAGAUGCAAUUUUCUUUUUUUUUUUUUUAAUUAAUGGAAAAUGUUAGUGUUUUCAAUCAUAAUUUACUCUAUGAAUGCCAGUUAUAUUUUAACCAAGAACAUUGUUCAGGGCGCAAUAUGCUUAUUUCCGUGUUUUGUUUUUUUUUUUUGUUUGUUUGGGUUGUUGUUUUUUUUGUGUGUGUGUGACGGUAGCUCAAAUUAAAAGUGCUGUUAAAAAUAACUGUCCUUACUACAUGUAGUUCCCUGUUAUGAACUCGAUGGGCCGCUGUUGCCCUUUUGUCAAAGUGUUUUCAAGUGUUCGUUUCCACAAACAAAUCUCCGGUGCUGGCUCAGUCGAGCCAGGACAUCGAAACAUAUCGCACGGCCCAUGUUAGAUGGAAUACCACCCUUGGAAUAUUAAUCUGGCAUAUUUUUUUUGCAUUGGCCCUUGCCUUCUUGUAUUGUUGAUGACUUUGCAAACGGUGAAAGAGGGCUGCAGUUGAAGGAUUUGGCGGAGGCAUCUUGUUGAACAAUGACGCGGCAAGCGCUGCUUUUUGUCUGCGUGCUCGGCUUUCCAGCCGUUCUUGGACAAGUCAGCUACUCUAUACCCGAGGAGAUGGCCAAAGGAUCUUUCAUCGGUAACGUAGCACAUGAUUUGGGACUGGAUGUGAAACGCUUACAGUCGGGCAAAGCUCGCAUCCACACGGGGGACCGCGCUGAUUACGUCCAGCUCGACAAGGAAAAAGGAGUGCUGGUUAUAAAAGAGAAGAUAGAUCGCGAAGCUAUUUGCGGCCAGACAACGCCUUGUGCGCUCCAUUUUCAAAUAGCGCUCGAGCAGCCGAUAGAAAUAUUACCCGUGACUGUUGAGGUCACAGAUAUUAACGACAAUGAUCCGAUUUUUGAAAAGGAAGGUCGGGUGUUGGAGAUCAGCGAGUCGGCUGUUGUUGGCUCUAAACUCAUGUUAGAGAAAGCAGUCGACCCCGACAUCGGGUUGAACGGGCUUCAGAGUUAUACGCUAAAGCCGAAUGAUAAUUUCAUACUCAAAUUACACAGACAGUCAGACGGUGGGAAGAAAGUGGAAAUGAUUUUACAGAAGCCUUUAGACAGAGAAAAAGAGGAAUCUGUUACAUUACUCUUAACGGCGCAUGAUGGAGGGGAGCCGCAGAGGUCAGGAACAAUGCAAAUUCAAAUUCAAGUGUUAGACGCUAAUGAUAAUGCGCCUGUUUUUACACAAAAUGUUUACAAAGCGAACCUUAAAGAAAAUUCCCCGCCAGGAACACUCAUUACUCAAGUUAGUGCUUCCGAUGCAGACAAAGGCUCUAAUGGAGAAGUGAGCUAUGUCAUUGGAAACAGCAUGAGCAGCAUUUCCAAAUUAUUUCAUAUUAAUGAAGAUGGGAGUUUUGUGUUGAAAGGCCCUGUCGAUUACGAAAAGGCACAAAAAUAUGAAAUUGAUAUCGAGGCAGUUGAUCGAGGAGGUCUGUAUGAUUCCAGCAAGGUUAUUAUUGAUGUGAGUGAUGAAAAUGACAAUACUCCUGUCAUUAAAAUGAUUUCAUCUUCCACUUCAGUAGAGGAGGAAUUGCCUGCCAACACAGUGAUAGCAGUAAUGAGUGUAAAAGAUCCAGAUUCGGAAGAAAAUGGUAGAGUAAAUUGUGUUAUUGAUAAUAAUAUACCUUUUAAAGUAACAGCUACAAGUAGUUUUUACAGUAUUGUAGCAGAUGGUGAUUUGGAUAGAGAAUCUGCAUCUGAGUAUAAUAUCACAGUGACAUGCUCAGAUGAAGGAGUGCCCUCCCUCUCCAGCAGCGUCACUCUCUCCUUACACAUCUCAGAUGUGAAUGACAACCCACCUGUCUUUGAAAGGAGCUCAUAUGAGGCUUAUGUUUUAGAAAACAACACUCCAGGUCUCUCCAUAUUCACACUGAAAGCCAGUGAUGCUGACUGGAACCAGAAUGCUCGUCUUUCGUACAUCCUGGAGGACUCCUCAGUUAACGGAGUGCAAGUAUCCUCAUAUGUUUCUGUUAGCGCCGAGAGUGGAGUAAUCCAUGCAGUACGUUCUUUUGACUAUGAGCAAUUGAAAGAGUUCCAUUUCCGCGUGAGAGCGCAGGAUGGAGGAUCCCCUCCCCUCAGCAGCAACGUGAGCGUUUGCAUCCUGAUCCAGGACCAGAACGACAAUGCCCCUCAGGUCCUGUACCCGGUGCAGACGGGCGGCUUGCUGCUGGCUGAAAUGGUGCCUCGUUCGGCCGACGUGGGCUAUCUGGUGACUAAAGUGGUGGCCGUGGAUGUGGACUCUGGCCAGAACGCCUGGCUCUCCUAUAAAGUGCACAAGGCCACCGACAGGGCGCUGUUUGAAGUAGGCCUCCACAACGGAGAAAUCCGAACUGUCCGCCAAGUGACUGACAAAGAUGCUGUCAAACAAAGACUGACUGUUGUCGUGGAGGACAACGGGCGGCCCUCUCGAUCAGCUACGGUCAUUGUUAAUGUGGCGGUGGCUGACAGCUUCCCUCAAGUGCUGUCAGAGUUCACUGACUUGAGCAUGCACGACGAGUACAAUGACCAGCUGACUUUUUACUUAGUCUUGGCACUGGCGGUGGUCUCCUUCCUCUUCAUCACUUGCUUGCUGCUUAUCAUAUCGGUCAAAGUGUACCGGUGGCGUCAAGAGCGCCUGUUUUUCAAGUCAAAUGGCACACUUCCGGUCAUUCCUUAUUACCCGCCCCUUUACGCCGACGUCGACGGCUCCGGUACGCUGAAGCCGGCGUUCAACUAUGAAGUAUGCGGAACUACUGAUUCCAGAAAGAGUGACGUGAUGUUUUCCCGUGAAAUCAGUCCUAAUGCUCUGAGUGGCGCUGGUGACCGUACUAGGACAGUGCAGAGACCCAAAACAGAAUCCGAAACUUUGGUGGCAGAGGUGAGAAUUGAUUAUUCGUUCCCCCUGUUGAGAUGCGUCUUACUAACCUCAACUCAACGGUAUUUAUAGAGCACUUUAAAACAAUCAUCGCUGUAUAUAAAGUGUUGUACAUGAAGCAAAUACCA